CUCGCCGGCAGCUCGCAGGAAUCCGACCGCAUCUUGCUCCCCUCCGAAGGCGCAGCUCCUCCCGCUGCAUUUCCAACCCCAGCUCGCGAACCCCACGCCGCACACCAUGUGCAAAGGACUUGCAGGCCUGCCGGCUUCUUGCUUGAGGAGUGCAAAGGAUAUGAAGCAUCGGCUUGGUUUCCUGCUGCAGAAGUCUGAUUCCUGCGAACACAAUUCUUCCCACAGCAAGAAGGACAGAGUGGUGGUUUGUCAGAGGGUGAGCCAAGAGGAAGUCAAAAAAUGGGCUGAAUCACUGGAAAACCUGAUUAGCCAUGAAUGUGGGCUGGCGGCUUUCAAAGCUUUCUUGAAGUCUGAAUACAGUGAGGAGAACAUUGACUUCUGGAUUAGCUGCGAAGAGUACAAGAAAAUCAAAUCACCCUCUAAACUAAGUCCCAAGGCCAAAAAGAUCUAUAAUGAAUUCAUCUCCGUCCAGGCAACCAAAGAGGUAAACCUGGAUUCUUGCACCAGGGAGGAGACAAGCCGGAACAUGCUAGAGCCCACGAUAACCUGCUUUGAUGAGGCCCAGAAGAGGAUUUUCAACCUCAUGGAAAAGGAUUCCUACCGCCGCUUCCUCAAGUCUCGAUUCUAUCUUGACUUGGCCAACUCUUCCAUCGCCGGGUCAGAGAAACAGAAAGGGGCCAAGAGCUCUGCAGACUGUCCUUCCCUGGUCCCCCAGUAUGCCUGAUUCUCACACACACCGGAGGGCUGAAAUGCCAAGACUCUAUGCCUGGAAAACCUGAGGCCAAAUAUUGAUCUGUAUUAAGCACCAGGGCUUUAUCCACAUCGUAGCUUAGUGUUCAUGCUGCCUGACGUGCGUGAGUCACUCCCAUGUAAGAAAUAGAUUUAGUUUUGAUGUUUGGUGUCCAUCAGGGCAGGACCUCAUUCCAGUCCAGCUUUCCCAGAUUUCCUUUUGGGUGCCAUGUGAGCAAGUAUCCAAAUAAUGGUUUUGUAGGGGUGGCUUUUCAAAGACUGUUGCAGUCUUCUCCUCCCAAUGGCUUGACCUCAGGUUGGUUGGUUGGUAACAUUUCAUGUGACAUCUACAAGCACAUGUAUUCUGUUGGCACUUUCUCUAAACUCUACAUGUUUAGAUGGGGUUGAUCUAUCGUGUGUACAUAUGUGUGUGUGUAAAUAUAUGUAUACACGUGUAUACAUAUAUUUACACACACAUAUAUAUACACAUUCUAUGUAUAUGUGUCUAUAUGUAUAUAUACAUAUAUAUUUCUGCAAGAAUAGAUAGGAAAGACCCUAGGUGCUCAUAACUAGAGUGUGCGUACAUACCUAAUGCAUGUUCUGAUCCCUGGUCUUUCAUCCUGCAAUCAAACAGGCAAGCAGAGCCCAUUCCCAUGCAGGCCAAGAAAGGAAUACUAACCUGUGGAAAGUUGGUUCUGUAAAACACUAUAGGUCCUGUCGGCCACACAUCCGAGGGACUCCAUGCGUAGCGUAACCACUGAUAGCUUCCACGUUGAACAGUAUUCUAAGGAGCAGAUAUCCUAAAGAAUCUUAAGCCCGGCUGACACAGUUCUGUCUUGAGCUGGUUAUUUCUUACAGCAUUUUGCAGUCCCUCAGCUGCUGGCCUUCCCUUCUUAGCCUGGGUGCUUGGCCAUGAUUGUCAGAAGCCAGGUUGCUAUGGAAUUGGGAGAGAAAAUGCUCGAACCGAAUGAAGACACGCAGGGAGGGCCUCGCCAGCUCUACCUGCUGUAAGAUACUGGCUGAGCGAGGGCAUGGAACUUCAAGGUUAAUAGUUUUAUCCUCUACUCUUUUUCUCUCUCCUGAUCAAGGGUGCUCUCCUCAUCUUGUCCCCCCCGGCCCCACCGCCCCGAGGACUUCAGACAUCAGAUGAGGCUCCUCCCUUCACUCGGUUGGUUGGUUGGUUCCCUAUAAUGGCUCCGGGCUCUAUGCCUUCAGUUAGAAACCAGCAGCAAGGGAAGGAUUGUAUUUUAUAAGCGGGAAACAUGUUUUCGCAAACUGAAAAGCCCUCCUAAGUUUCUCUUUUGAAAGGAGGACCUUGUUCAUUCCACCCUGAACAUCAGGGCUACUAGAGUCUGCAGGUAUACCUUUCCAGCCUCUGAGACUAAAUGAGAGAGGAAAGGAAAAAAGAAAACAAGAAACAAAAACCAGUCGAUAGAACUACUGUUUGGAACUUUUCAAGGCACGUGAAAUACUUGAAAAUUUCUCAUAUAUGUUAUUUAUGAUGUUGUUUUCUACAAUGUUUUUAUUAUUGUAUUGUUUUUUAAAUGGAGGGUGCAGGAUAUCACCUGAAUUAUUAAUGAAUGGCCAGGAAGUAAUUUUCUUCUCAUUCUUCUAAAACUCCAGCCUUUGAAGUGCACACACACACACACACACACACACAUAUGCAUGCACAUUGCACUAGUUCCUCCAGCAUAAAUUGCAUACGUGAGCACCUUGUGGCUUGUAAACCAACAGAUGGGGUUGCACAAUGAAAACCAGAGUGUGCAUAGACCAAUCUCACCCUAUUAAAGAUGUAGGUUCUUUCAGUUAUGCCCUUCUUGUCUCUGGCAGUCUUAUUUUCCAUGUUCCCAGAAUUCCUCCCCUCUGUCCCUUUUAUUAUACAUGGUUCCACAGUUUUGUCUCUAGUUGACUCCAGGAUCCAGACGUGUAACUCUGUUGAUCUUGCCCUAUUAUAACUGUCAUUAUUCUCAGAUUGUACCUGUGCUCACGGGCUGCUGUCUUACAAAGAGAUCUGGAAGGUCAUUCUGAAUGAGAAGUAAAUUAUUUUAUGUAAUACAAUUUUCAAGUGUGUUUUUCAAUUGUAUUUACCUCUUAUUUUGCCACCAUUUGAGAUGCUGAGCCAACCUGCUCAUGGCCUGUGGGCAGAACUCUUCUUCUCUUUGCAUGCCUGCUUUUAUCAUGCGCUUUAAAGGCCUCAAAGCUGAUGCUUCCAGGGAAACACAUGCAUCUUAAUAAUAAGGGUAAAUAAAUGCUUCAUACGAAACUA